AUGGCCGCCGGCAGCAACAAGUGGUGGCAGGACUACCCGCCGCAGCAGCUGCAGCACGAGCAGCUGCCGCCGGUGUCCAUGCCGCCGCCGCAAGAUGCCCCCUUGGCGGCCUUCUCGCCCGAGACCAAGCCGCCGCCGCAGCAGGGCCAGGGCCCGACGGGCGUGGAGGCGGGGCCGGGGGCGGGCGCCAUCGUGCCGCUGCGGCGGCCGCGGGGCCGGCCGAUGGGGUCCAAGAACAAGCCGAAGCCGCCGGUGAUCAUCACGCGCGACAGCCCCAACGCGCUGCACUCCCACAUCCUCGAGGUGCCCCCGGGCGCCGACGUCGUCGCCUGCGUCGCCGAGUACGCGCGCCGCCGCGGCCGCGGCGUCUGCGUGCUGGGCGCGUCGGGCGCCGUCGCCGACGUCGCCGUGCGCGGCGCGGCCGGCCCCAUCCCGGGCCGCCUCGAGCUGCUCUCCAUGACCGGCACCGUGCUCCCGCCCCCGGCGCCCGCCGAGGCGUCGGGGCUCGCCGUGCUGCUCUCGGCCGGGCAGGGCCAGGUCGUGGGCGGGUGCAUCGUGGGGCCGCUCGUCGCCGCCGGCACCGUCACGCUCUUCGCCGCCACCUUCGCCAACGCCGUCUACGAGCGCCUCCCGCUCCAGGACGACGCCGUCGACGCCGACGUCAAGCCCGACCUCUCCAACGCCACCGACCCUUCCGUGUCCCAGCAAGUGCAGGCACAUCUGCCGCUACCGAUGUCUCAGCCCAUGGCCAUGGGCGCCGGCUACCCUGACCACCGCUCGCCUCCCUACGGAUGGGGAGGACAUUGA